AAUCUUCAUAUUUAGAUGAUAGUUGAUAAUAUAAGUAAAUUUGCAGCAUACGUAGCAACAAAAAAGCACAACGUGUUCAUGGUGGAAUGGCAUUCUUUAGGUCGGUUCCCAUGUUAUCUUUCAGCAUUGUACAAUAUGCGUCUUGUGGCUCAGUGUACUGCUCAAUUAUAUGCUUUUAUAAUGGAAAAUGGAGGGUCGGCAUACGAAACGACCUGCAUUGGUCAUUCGUUGGGGGCACACAUUUGCGGAAUGAUCAGCAAUCAUCUUACCAUCAGACAACAUAGAAUAAUAGGACUAGAUCCAGCCAGACCUCUUAUAGAUCGAUUUGCCAGGAAGGAAUUCAGAUUAACUCCAGACGACGCCGAUCAAGUACAAGUGAUACACACGAACGCCGGGUUCCUUGGAGAAAUCAAUCAAGUGGGUACCGUGGAUUUUUGCGUCAAUGGAGGUGCCAUUCAACCCGGAUGCCAUGGGCAUAUGAUUCGAAUUUCUCGAUGUAGUCAUUUCCAAAGUGUUUGCUAUUUGGUCCAAACAGUGACUAAUGCAUCUACAUUUGUUGGUCAACCCUGUUCGUCAAAAUGUCCCCGAAAUAACGUAUUCCCCAUAAGAAAUGGCAAACCGAUACCCAUGGGGGAGCAUACCCCAAAAGAAGCCAGGGGGAUGCAUUGUGUGAAAAUAGAACACGAUAAUGAUUGUCCUUUUAAUUAAUUAUUAUCGCAUAGUUAUUACAUAUUACAUUUAAUUGUUAU